UCGGUCCCGGUGCGGGGCAGGGCACGGAGGCACCGGAUCGGCGGUCCCCGGGAGCACGGCUCUGGUCCUGCAGGGAGCCUCUGCCUCCUUGGAGGCGAUCGCUGCCUUCUCAGUACGGGAACCGGUUCUGUCCCCCAGGUCGUGGUUCUCCCAGCAGUGCUGCCCUUAACCCCCCGCUCCAUGACCCACGGGCAGGUCUCUGCCUCACCCCACACCCCGUGUCCUUCACCCUGUGGCACUGGGUGACGUUCCCAGUGCCCGUUCUUACCCCGCACCAUCGGGUGCUGCUGGGUGAAGCCGCACAUGCAGGUUUGCAGGAACAGCCCUUUGUAAAGCACGAGGUCCCUCCAUAUGGAGCACGAGCAGGGUUUGGUGUGGUUGGGCUGUGCAGGUGUCUGUGGAGCUGCUGCUCUGCAUCCAUGUGGAAGCUCAUGUUCAUUGACGCUGUGUGUACAUCGCAGAAGCCGCCCGUGCUUCUUCAUGUCAUGGUAUCCACCAGUGCGGCCAGCAGGGAGGGACCCCAGACCUUUGGUUUCUACUGCCCAGAAGAGGAAAGGAAGAAGCCCCUGUUGUGCAGUUCCUGAUGGGGACAGACCCCACAUCACGGUGCCUGCCAGAGCCUGCUCCUGGCUGACUCCAUCAGUCCUGUCCCCAGACGACCUCCCUGCUGUCCCCAUGCAGCACCAGUGGUCACAGAGAUAAGUGACUUGCCCAGGGCCACUGGGCUGUCUGUGGCAGAGAACAAAGGGACUUUUGCACGGGUGGGAGAGUCCUCUCCCAUGGUUGCUCCCUGGACAUUGAUGUCCCCUCAUGCUAUUCUGGCCUGUCACAGCGCUGCGGGAGCAGAGCAGUGGGAUCGUGUCCUGGAGGGGUUGUGUGGAGGAGCCCAGCUCACUCCUCAUUGCUUCUGCACCCACCAAGGGUGCCAGGGGCUGUAUGUGACAUCCCUGUGCACCCCAGCUCAUCACCCCCAGCCAGGCCCCCCACUCUGCCCAGCUCACUUGGAUCAGAUGUGCCGGUGAGGGGCUCUGUGUGUACUCGGAGGUGCAGUUUGGGAAAGCUGAGGCUUUCCCAGUCAUGCUCCUAAAUCACUGCAGCAUGAAUGAGACUAAACUCACUGUGUGGGGAUUCCCUGGCUGCAGGGGAUUUGCUGCUGGUUGCAGCAUCACUGAAAUUCAAACUAUGUCCCUGCCUGGCCCAGGAGAGCUGCACCCCAAAGGUCUCUGUAAUGUCCUGGUAAGGACAGGGCUGCCUUAGCAUGGUAGGGUGAUGGGGAUGCAGGGUUUCCUGCUCCCUUAACCCAAAGCCAGGACACAUCUCCUGUGUGGAUGUUUCCCGUCUUCCACUCAGUGUUCCUCUUGCUCUUCUUCCCACCACAGAUGUUCAGGGCACUGCAGACACCACUGGCUCUUGGCAGGACCCAGAGAAUUGAUCCAGGAGCUCUGGGUGAUGCCCUGAGCUGUUUGAUUACAUUUGGUGCCCGGCAGGGCAGGUCCCUGCUCCACAUGCCCAGCAGCUCCAUGCACAGGCAGGGCACGCUCAGCCAGCACCUUCCCUGCCACAAAGGCAGCAGCUGAGAUUCAAGGCAUCUUUCCAAGUAAAAGAGAGACUUUCCCAUCCUGCUGAGCAUUGUUCGCUGUCGGGUGGAUGCCCAGCAAACCCUGCCCCAUUGCCUGUGCCUUCUUGGAGCUGCAAGCGACUUGAUUCCAGAGUGGUCCUCAUCCGCUGGAGGAAGCAUGAAAUUAAAGCAGAGCCUUCCCUGCUGUCAGAGCAGGUGGACACCCCGAGCUCUCCGGUUUGCAGACCCGGACUCCUUCCUGAAGUCUGCGCGGCUCCAGCGCCUGCCCUCAUCCUCAUCCGAGAUGGGAAGCCAGGACGUGUCUCCUCUCCAGGAGACCAGCAAGGACCCUUUCUCUGGAGACUGCAGCUGCCGGCAGGACGGGCUGACCGUCAUCAUCACCGCCUGCCUGACCUUCGCCACGGGUGUCACGGUGGCCCUCAUCAUGCAGAUCUACUUUGGGGACCCUCAGAUAUUCCACCGUGGUGCUGUGGUGACGGAUGCUGCGCGCUGCACGGCGCUGGGCAUAGAGGUGCUCAACACACAGGGCUCCUCAGUAGAUGCAGCCAUUGCCUCAGCCCUCUGCGCGGGAGUCGUGAACCCCCACACGUCAGGGAUUGGUGGGGGUGGGGUGAUGCUGGUCCAUGACAUCAGGAAGAACAGGAGCUGGGUGAUCGACUUCCGUGAGGUGGCUCCCCUGGGCAUCCCGCUGGAAGAGGACCUGCAGAAGGACACCAAGCCAGGUCUGCUCGUCGGGGUGCCAGGCAUGCUACAAGGAAUGCACCAGGCGCACCAGUUACAUGGGAGACUCCCAUGGUCCAAGCUGCUGGGUCUUGUGGCUGGUGUCGCCCAGGAUGGGUUUAAUGUCACACAUGAUUUGGCCAAAGCCGUAAGUGAGCUGAAGGACCUGAACCACUCUGACAAGUUCCGGGAGAUCUUCCUGCCGGAUGGGCAGCCCCUGCUGCCCGGGAUGUUCAUCAGGCGCCUGGACCUCGCUGCUGUCUUGGAGCUGCUGGGAGCACAAGGGGUGUCUGCUUUCUACAGUGGGAACUUGACCCAGGAGAUAAUCUCUGAGGUCCACAACUACGGAGGAGUCUUGGUGGAGGAAGACUUCAGCAAUUACAGUGUCACAGUGGAGAAUCCUGUCCACACAGUCUAUCGAGGUCAUCUUGUUUUCAGUCCCCCGCCUCCACAUGCAGGUCCUGCACUGCUCACAGCACUGAACAUCCUCGAGGGCUUUAACAUCACCAGUCAAGUACCCAGGGGGAAUAUCUUGCACUGGAUGGCAGAGACAUUAAAAAUAGCCCUGAGCCUAGCUGGCAACCUGGGAGACCCGUCUGAUGAUGUGUCCAUCACUCACGCUGCAGAAAGCAUGAUGAGUAAAUUGGAAGCUAAUUCCCUGCGCCAGCUGGUUAACGACUCGCAGUCCUUCUCAUCUGAUGUCUAUGUGCCUCACUUCUCCAUGGAGAGUGGACCUGCUGCUAGCCAGGUCCUUGUCAUGGGACCUGAUGACUUCAUUGUUGCAGUUGUAAGUUCUUUGAAUCGUCCCUUUGGCAGUGGAAUAAUGACACCCUCUGGAGUCCUCCUGAACAGCCAGAUGUUGGACUUCUCCUGGCAAAAUAAAACAAUGAACCACUCCAUUCCUAGGCCGCAAAAUCUCAUUCAGCCUCGGAAACGGCCCCUGUCUUUCCUGUUGCCCACCAUCGUGAGGCCAUCCGAGGGGAUGUGUGGGACAUACCUGUGUCUGGGAGCCAACAACGGGGACAGAGCCUUGAGCAGCAUCGUUCAGGUUUUGGUAAAUGUUUUAACAUUUAACAAGAAUCUGAGUGAAAGUUUGUCACUUGGUCGCCUUCACCCCCAGCUUCAGUCCAACACCUUGCAGGUUGACAGUGGGUUUCCUGAAGAAGAUAUUGAACUUCUUGUAGCCAGGGGCCAUCAAGUGGAUAAAGUCAAAGUGCUCUCCCUAGUUCACGGGGCCAGGAGAACCAACAGUUUCAUCAUUGGCCUGAAGGAUCCCAGGAGUGUGGAUGCUGCCGGAGCCACGAUAUUGUAGCACCUCCCAGACAACAUUCACUGAACAAGGCUGAGACAAACCAACCCACAUGAUGUGCAUGUUCUGAAACGGCCCCUUCCCCACCUGGGCUGGGAGCUACACACACACACUGCUGAGUACUUUCUGCAUUCCCUACCCAGGAUGGCACUAGAGGGGGUAUAGCACCAACAUACAGCACUUCGACUACUUCUAUGGUUUUCUUUUUUAAUGAUUUGGAUGGCAAACAGCCCAGUCCUUGUCACAGCAAUGCAGGAACACACGUUUCUUUCAGCAGAGUCUUGCUAAUAAUACCAGGCUUUUCAAAAGCCCAAUUCUAGCCAGCAUCUGAAUUUUAGUGAGCAACAACAUCAGCGAAGGAAAUGAGACCUGAUGAUGGUAUUGUCAUCUUCAUCUCCCUGUCUUUCCCAAGGUCAUUCUUUGCCUCUCGUGGUUUAGCCUAUAGUUAAUACAGGCUAAUGUAGUGUUUAUAGGUGCCUGUAGCUGGAAUAUUGAGGAGUCCUUUAAUGCUCUAUGGGCCAGCUGGUUUUCACCAGCAGGCAGCCUCCUGUGUUACUUCCUGUUCUCACAUCCCAGCAUACCUUGAAUUUUGACAGUAACUAUUUUGAAUCAAGUCGCUGUGCAGAGUCACUUCAGUCUGGUUUUGUAACCAGAGCAGUGAUUUUAAGUAUCUUAACAACUUGUGGGCCCCCCAGUAUUUUUCUUAUAGAGGAUCAAGCCUCCUCCAUGGUGAAUUUAAGCUUAGUGGUAAUGGGCUUAGUUCUCUUAGAUAUGUUUUGGAGACAUCUUAGCAGUAAGUACUGCACAGACCUGUAAAAAUCAAAAGACCAUGGAGUGAAAGCCACACAGAGUUUGGAGAGGUUCAGGGCUUUCCUUACACUGCCUUGUCUCAAUCUGCCCUGAAAGCCUGAAUGGUGUAAUCCCUAUGGAGAGGCUUGGGAUUUUCUGCUUACUAAAUUCAUGCCUGUAAGUCAGCUCCGUACUUUGAUACUGGUGCCUCUAUUGGAAAAGCUCAAGAGAGUGAGAGAAAAGGUACAAACCAAACACUACUGAGAGAAUUUUCUGUCCACAGCAUGUAGUGCAAAACACAAGAAUACUUCUGCAUUUCUUGUCUGAAAUAGAGUGAGGAAAUAAUACCACAUCUGACAGCUGAACUGCUUUGUUCAUCCACAUUUGGACAUUUCCUUCUUUUUUUACUAGCAAGUCAGAGACAAGUGGCACUAAAUUCCGGAAUUUUAUCAUUUUCUGUGGUCUAAAAUUUUAUUAUGUCCUUCAUGGUGCAAAUGCAUAUAUAUGUAUUUAUGUCUGCUUAUGGUUAUCUUGGUCUCUCAUUCGAUGAUUACACCUCCUCCUGAGGGAGCCCAUAGCACCCAUCAGUUUGUACCACACUUCCUGACACUUGUUGCCAUUUGACAUGGGCAGUGUGUGGGUCACUUUGAGGCAGUCAGAGCACUGUGACAGAUAACUGGACUAAUUGCACCUGCCAGCUGAGGAUCUCAAAGCAUCUUACGUGAAGCCCUGCACGUUGCACCGAGGGAGGACAGAGAUGCUUUUAUGCUCCACUGAAGUGCAGCCACCCGUGAGAAGAGCACAGCAGCAGAUGAGAUCAAUGGUAUUUUCUGUUACAAAUGAAUCAGUGGCCUCAGCUGAGAUAGGGGGAAGUACAGUGUUGUCUUUGGGAAAUUGCCUUCUAUACCACCACACUGCCCGUGGGGCAAGACAAGACCUUCUUCACUAUAGGGACAUCAAAUCUGUUUGGCUUUCUGUCAUCAGCACUAGAGUUGGUCAUUGCCUGAAGCUGUAAUGUUCAUGAAACUUCAUGUGUCUUGGAGCAGAGCUCUUCAGGUUUCAUGGGAAGGGAAGGAUGCAGUUUUGUACAUUGAAUCUCACUGGUGGAGAUCUGGGGGUUUCUGGUACAGUACAGCAGUGAUCUGUCCCCCGGGCAGGGAGGUUUGCUGUGCACAAAUAGGUGGUCAAGUCAUCAUCACUGCAGUACUUUCCACAGAGCCUCAAGAAACACUUUGAAAGAUAAAAUUCCUCCUUAUUAACUGAAUUCACCAACUCACUCCUGAUACAGGAAUCUGUGUAUUCAUCUGGGAGUUAAAGACACUGGCCUUGAUUCAAAAGGGCACUUACAUGCCCCAAGGAACAAUUUCACAGCAAUUAUUGAGAACCUUGAAAUAAAGUGUUUUCCAAAGUUCUCUGCUGGGUCAUGGCCUAUGUGGCAAAAAAGAGGAAUUGGAAGAUGGACUUGGGCCCCUAGGUCAUGGCUGAGAGAGGUAAAAAUAUUUUGAAUGAAUUCCCAUUUUCUCAGUUUAAAAACAGCAUCAGUAUAGCACAGAUGUAUUUGAUACAGAAACCUGUAAUCUGCUAAUUGGCUCAGUGUCUCUGAUACUUUGCGUCCAUCUGUUGUGAUGAGAUCUGAUGGGUUUAAAGUGAGGUACCAAGAAAUACCUGAUUAUACUGUAAAGGUGAGCCUAACAUUGUGAAAUAAAAGGCCAUAUUCUGGA